AUGCGGUACCACAUUGGGAAUUUGAUUCAAACUGGCGCGACUGCUCGUGUGUUUGAAGCGAUUCGCUGUACUGACAAAAAGGUUUUCGCCAUGAAAGUCGUCAAAAACGUUAAGGGGCUGACUUCGUUUCCAGAAGAAAUAGUAUUCAACCAAACGUUGAAAGCAUCUGGAAUCAAAGGUGUCAUUAACAUGCACGAGUACGCUCUCGACUACGAAAGAGACAGAUACGUGAUGAUCAUGGACUACAUGCCAAUGGACUUACACACGUAUGUGUCAAGCCGUCAAACACCGAUGACCGAAGACGAAUGCUGUAACAUCAUCAGUCAAAUAGUCAACAUUCUACUUCACAUGCAAAAUGUUGUUUGCGUGCAACAUAUGGACCUUAAAAUGGAGAACGUGUUGAUAGAUCCUGAAACGAAAGAGGUUAAACUCUGUGAUUUCGGACAUUUAGCGCAAAUAGCACAUUUGUGGACGGAUUCAACAUCGAUAGGGACGAAAUGUUACUGGGCACCAGAAACUAUUAAGGAAGGAAGAUUCUACCCAAAGAGAACCAUAGUAUGGCAAAUUGGCAUUCUCGCUUAUGACCUCUUACAAGAAAUUCCAUGGGAUGUGUACAAAGACGGAAACCUGCAAGACUUGACUUUUGAACGUUAUAAGUCUGGCAGGGCCGUGGAAUUUAUUCAGGUUUGCUUGGAACCAGACGUGCGCAUUCGUGUGGAACUCGAUGAAUUAGUGUAUAUGAGGUGGAUAGAAGAAAUGAACAACAACGAAAUGGUUUAA